AAGAUUUCCUCCUGUUGUCUAUUCCAUUUGAACAACAUGUGAAAUUGAUUGUCAGUCAGUGUUGCUUCCUAAGUGGAUAGUUUGAUUUCACAAAAGUUUGAUUUACUUGGACUUAUAUUGUGUUAAGUGUUCCCUUAAUUUUUUUGAGCAGUGUACAAGUUAUAGGUUUUUAGAAGAUUUCAUAGAUGAGCUGUACUUUGAUGAAAGUGGGAGGAGGAGAAAUAGAGAUAUGGAAUUGGUAAGAAAAAGAGAAAGAGAUGGCAUGAUUAGUUGAUGGUACAGAGCGAGCUAUUCACACUCCCUACAAAGGACCUUCCCAUAACCUUGAUGUUAAACAAGCCUGCUGUAGGCGGUUACCUCUCUGCCCAAUUAUGGCUUUGGAUAUGAAUAAAUUCAAACUUUUAUGAAAGCAUAUGAGAAAGAGGACAGUGGUAGAGGUUCUUCCUGUAACUGGUGACUUGCUGGUUUGAACCCCUGCUCUGUCUGUCUCAGUUGUGUCCUUGGGCAAGAUACUUCACCCUUCUUGCCUUCUGAUGGUGGUCAGAGGACUCGCUGGUGCCGAUUGUUUGGCAGCCUCACUUCUGUCAGUCCGUCCAGGGCAGCUGUGGCUACAAUGUGGUCUGCCACUAUCAGUGUGUGAAUGUGUGUAUGCUUGCUUGGAUGACUAAUUGCAGUGUAAAGGGCUUUGGAGUCUCUGGGGACUGGAUAAAGCGCUACACAAGUCCAGGCCAUUUACCAUUUUUGUGUAAGCCUUCUUUCCCCCAGGGAUCCAUUGUCUGCUCUUCAUGGAGCAGUAGAGAAAUGAUUUUAACAUCAUAUUCAAGAAAAACAUUUGACGUAUUAGUGUCAAUUCCAGUUUAAAAUCAGUCUCAAGUUUGCAUUGUCCCUCUUUAUUAAACAUUUCUUUGUGCAUUUUUGCUGGAAUAGGACUAAAAUAUACACAUACACUGCCUUGCAAAAUAACUCAUUUAUUUUCACAUUUUGAGAUAGCAUUAACUCUGAAGGAGCUUAAGAGAUCCACAGCUCAGGUGGGAUAAUCUGUCAAAAGGACAACCUUUAAUCAUGGCUCUUUAAAUUUGGUCUUGAUGAUUGGAAUGAUUAUGGAUGAUUGGAAAAAAAGAAAGUCCUCUUUGCGGUUUCUCACAAGCCAUGUAGGGGACGCAUCAAACAUGUGGAAGAAGCUGCUCUGGCCAGAUUACACCAAAACUGAAAGUGGAUUUUGCUAUGUUUGGUGGAACACUGUCAGUCCAAGCACAUUAUCGCCAUGAUGACACAUUGUGUUGGCAUCAUUGUGCUGUGGGGAUACUUUUUUUUAGCACGGACAUGAGAGCUGCAUGGUCAAAGUUGAUGCUAGAUUGAUGUAUAGCUAAAUACAGGUCAAUCCUCGAAGAUAACAUGUUAGAGAGUGCAGACGUUCACCUUUCAGCAGGUCAAGGCCUUUAAGAAUACAUCCAAAGCUACAAUGGAAAGGUUUAGAUUAAAACACGUUUGUCCAAAGCCAACACACAAAUCUAAAUCCAACAAAAGAAUCUGUGGCAAGUCUUGAAAAUUUACGUUCACAGACUCCAUCCAAUCUUGAGCAAUUUUGCAAGAAAUAAUGGGCAGAAACUUCAGUCUCUAGGGUUGAAAAUAAAUAUACACCACACAAAUGAAUGUCUUACUAAAAUAUUACUAAACAAUUUUUCCUUUCUCCUCUCCAUUAUACCCUAGUUUUAUUUGGUCUAUCAUAUAAAAUCCCAGUAAAAUACACAACUAGUCAAAUGUUUUAGAAACAUGUUUGCAUUUAAUGGUUUUCUUUAUGUUAUGACUAUUUACAUUGAAUGUAGAUUCUCACUGAAGGCAUCAAAACUGUGAAUAAAACACAUGGACACAUGAGAAAGUGUAUCUAAAACGUUUGACCAGUAGUGUACAUUGAAGUUUGGUCAGUUACGACACCAUUCCAAGGGUAGGGAUACUUUUACAAGGCACUGUAUAUGGAAAGUGAAUUGGAAUUACCGGUCUUGAACCACAUGUUUGUUUUAGAAUGUGAUAGAUUACAUUUACAGCUCCUAACUUCUUAUUUGUCUUUCAGGGAAGGAUUGGGAAAGCUACUUCUUACCAUGUUCACAUAGCCACUCUCCAGCCUACAAUUACUCUCCCUGUGGAGCACAAAAGCUCCUCCUAAACUCAGACCUGCCACAUACAGAGCUUGUGGACCUCAGCCAGACUGUGUGGAGAUGGGGCAAAACAAAGGGAUGCACAAGGGAGACACUGAUUGAGAGAUGGGCUUCUAACCCAUGUGUCUGCUGUUUUGUAAAAGUUGAGCACCGUGCGACUGCAGAGCGAGCUCUGAAGAUCACCAUACCUUUAAGAACCACCACUUUUUUUUUUUUACAUAUGUCGACCAGGGCUUACAGUGGCCACACAUUUCUGUGUCUAUGUUUGCUUUACAGCAACUUGGCUAGUACCUAACCACAAGAGGAAGCAUCUGGUCUCAAGGGGAGUUGUAGAGCACAUCCUUCUGUUUCCGCAUGCAGAAUAUCCUUGAUCAAAACUUAGACAUGGCCACAGCGCUACUAGCGGGCGAGAAGCUGAAGGAGCUCAUCCUGCCAGGCUCCUCUCAGGAUGAGAGGGGUGGGGCACUGGCGGGCCUCAUGGUGCAGCUCAAACUGGAGCUGCCCUUUGAUCGGGUCGUUACUAUAGGGACUGUCAUCAUCCCUAUCCUGCUGGUCACCCUAGUCUUCACCAGAAACUUUGCAGAGGAAUCUAUUUACUGUUACACACCGCACAAUUUCACCCGAGACCAGGCACUUUAUGCUAGGGGCUACUGCUGGACAGAGCUUCGCGAUGCUAUUCCUGGUGUGGAGCCUCAUCGAUGGCCCUCGCUGUUUGAACAUAAGUUCCUGCCCUACGCCCUUCUGGCCUUUGCUGGGAUCAUGUACAUUCCUGCUUUGGGUUGGGAGUUCCUUGCCUCUACGCGACUCACGUCAGAGCUCAAUUUCCUGCUUCAAGAGAUUGAUAACUGCUACCAUCGAGCUGCUGAGGGCAGAGCCCCCAAAAUUGAGAAGCAGAUUCAGUCUAAAGGACCUGGCAUAACAGAGCAGGAGAGGAGGGAGAUUAUAGAAAAUGCAGAGAAGGAGAAGAGCCCUGAGCAAAAUCUUUUCGAAAAAUAUCUGGAGAGACGAGGGCAAAGUAAUUUUUUGGCCAAGAUUUACCUGGCUCGCCACCUGGCUAUCAUGUGUCUCAGUUCUAUCCCCAUUUCCUACCUGAGUGCAUACUAUGCCCGCCAAAGGCAGAAUGAGUUCACCUGUGCUCUAGGCGAGCCCCCAGACAUCAGCAGCUACACAGAGUUGAAACUUAGGGUGAACUGCAAGCUCUCUGCUGUGCAGCUGCAGCGCAUCAUGGCAGUGGUGGACCUAGCCCUGCUGUGUACUAUGAACUUCAUCAUCCUGCUUAACUUGCUGCAUCUGUUUGUGGUGCGUAAGUCUAACUUUGUGUUUGACAAACUGAAUAAAGUCGGGAUAAAAACGAAACGACGGUGGCAGAAGUCUCCAUUCUGUGACAUCAACAUCCUGGCCAUGUUUUGCAAUGAGAACAGGGACCACAUUAAGUCACUGAACAGACUGGACUUCAUCACCAAUGAGAGUGACCUCAUGUAUGACAAUGUGGUCAGGCAGCUAUUGGCUGCACUUGCACAGUCCAACCAUGAUGCUACGCCCACUGUGAGGGAGUCUGGGAUACAGACUAUUGAUCCCAACAUGGAUCCUUCAGAUCUUAGGGUAGGAGAGAUGGCUGGGGAGCCACUGGUGAUCAAACGGACCCGUAAGAAGAUCAAAUGGAUAUCAAGCUCAAACCCUCUUCCUCAGCCAUUCAAGGAACCACUCACCUUGACCCGCUUGGAAAAUAACACCAAGCCUGAAAAGCCCAAGCCACUUAAGCGCAAAACCAUGGCAGACAGCCUCAUAGCACCACUGGUGGACAGUAAAAGCACACAACAUCCUUCAGCUAAAGGUAUGCUGUACUACAUCAGUGGAAUGGAGAAAAAGCACCCGCGAAACUUCUCUCUGGACGUCCAUCCGUAUAUGCUGACAAAUCGCAAGCCCAAGGUGGAGGCCUCAACCGUUGAACCGCUACCGUCAGAACACAAUAUGGAUACAGUUUACCUUGAAGGCACUCAUACUAUUGUUCAUGUGUCAUGUGCAAUGACAGAAACUAAGGUUAGCUCUCCAGUAUCGACCACUGCUGCCUUUUCUACAGUGACUUUGUCCUCCUCUACAUAUGUGAAUGGAGUGAGCCCGAACCCACCCUCUAGUGAGGAUGCACUCAGUCCCAAGUCCUCCCCUGCACAAAUGGAGCCUCUGGCCCUAACUGAGAACCCAGAGCCAACACUCCUGACCAAAGCCCCCACACACCAGCUCCUGAGCAUUCAUCACACUCUUUUUGAAGAAGAAGAGGAUGAAGAAAACAGAAGUGGCAGGCUGGAAGAAAGACCUGGGGAGCUCAUUGCUGCUGGAGAAUGUUGAAAAAUGUAUCAGAUUUGAAUAGUUUGAUCAUGAUUGCAACAAUUCCCCUUUUCUCCAUCUCCGUCUCCGCAUAUCAACUUCUGUGAUUGGUGAAUUGGGUUCACUGACAAGCAGAAAUGCAACAGGAGGAUGGCACAGACAAAGUGUGGUGUAAGAAAAAAAAGAGGAAAAAAACUUAACUUGAUUAGAAAAUAUAUGUAUUUGUUGCAGGAAAUGAUGUCACCUUCAUGCCUCAGGAUGACUGUGUUCAGCUGAUCACCCACCAAUGAAACCAGCAGUGAUAUAUAAUUCAACAGGGUGCUAAAGAGCAGGGUUAAACAGCUAUGCUAAAAAUGGCACAAGGUGAAAGACCAACAAAUAAAUAUUACAGAGAAAAAAUUGCAUUAUGACAUAAAAAAAUAUGUAUUUAAAACACAUAUUAACACUUUGUCCCUUUAUCCCUCUAGCCAAGUAGAAACGUAGCUCACACAAUAUAGCUGUUGAGAUCUGCACAACUGAUAUGCAAAUGAUCACAAUAUAUAUGUGGCAAUAAUGUAUGCGCUUCGAGCAUUACUCUUCACACAAUGUGUUGACUUGGUAUAUGUUUAAUAUCUUAAAAAAUCAUGGCUUAUCAUUUUCAUUCCAACAUUGCCAUGGAUACUUCACUAUAUGUGCCCACCGUUUAUUAUAGUAAGUUGACACAUUAUAUGACUGUGAGACAGUUAAGAGUAGCAAUACUGAUAUAGUGCCUUGUGAAAGUAUUUAUGGCCGAUUUUUUCAUGUUGCACCGGCAGACUUCAAUGUGAUUUGUUCAGAUUUUAUGUGAUAGAACAAUCCAAAGAAAGGCACAGAAGUAAAAGGAAAAGGACAUCUGGGUUCAAAAAAGUGUUCUAUGCAUUAGUAUUUAGACACUGAUGUCAAUACUUUGUAGGAUCAUCUUUGGCUUAAUUUGUUUUUUUUUGGUUGUUUCUUUAUUACUUUACACAUCGAGAGACAAAGCAUUUUGCUAAAUAUUCUUUGCAAAAUAGCUCAAAUUCAGUCAUAUUGGACAGACAGCAUCUGAGGACAUACAUUUUCAAGUCUUACCACAGAACCUCACUGGUAGAUAGGUGUGGAAUAUCAUUUUAUCUAAACCAUUCUACUGAAGCUCUAGCUGUAUGUUUAGUGUAGUUUUCCUGCUGGAAGGUGGACCUCUCUCCCCGUCUCAAAUCUUUGUAGCCUUUAACAGGUAUUCUUCUGGUAUUGCCCUGUAUUUAGCUCCGCCCACCUUCCCAUCACCCAGAUUUGUACACGACUAAUAAUUCAUCUGGUGACCGAUUUUCCCAAUUGAGCCGUAAACGUCUGCAGCUCUUCCAGAAUCACUAUCAGCCUGUUGGCCGCUUAUCUGAUUAAUGCUCGCCUCAGCUGGCCUCUCAGGUUUGCAAUUGUACCAUACUCUUCAUUUUCAGAUAAUGGAUUGAAAUGUGUUUGGUGAGACGUACAAAGUUUGGAACAGUUUUUUUUUACUUAACCCUGCUUCCCCACAACUUUAUCCCUCCCAUUAGUUUUAUCUGGUGUGUCCCUCGGUUUGAAAAGGUCACACUUUUUAGAUUUUUUUGGGGUAAAGAAAAAUGGAAAAACAUGUAGCCUUUUCCCAUAUCCAUAAAAAUGAUACUAUUUUGUGUUGUUCGAUCACAUAAAAUCCCAAUAAUACAUUGAAGUCUCUGGUUCCUACUGGAUAAAAUGUGAAAAAAUAUAAAUUCUUUAGCAAGGCACUGUCUGUUAGUAAUAAACAAACUAUUAAGGGAAAUUUUGAGAAAUGCUGCUGGGCUCAUGAAGACUUUGGAAUCAGCUCAGUUUGAUGAAUGAAGCAGAAACUAUCUUGUUGAGGUGGUGUGAUGUGAACAAAAUGAUGUUGAAUUGUUCCUUUUUGAACGGUUUAUUGCCAGGAUGAGUAAGCAUUUAUGCUGUCUGAUGCUCUAACACAAUCCACAAUUCUUUCUGUAUUUAAAUCAGUCACAAGUAAAAAGAAUAUGUAUUCAUAAUAUUUGCAGAAACAGCAAGCAUAUAUAUGCACUUAUGAUUAUCCUUUUUCAGAGAAAAUGUGUCACGCGUGUAAGCCACAAACCUUCUUGCACUCAUGAUUACAGGAACUUCAAUAAAGGAAGCGUAAUACUUAG